GGCCAUAUCGCACAGCAUGGCUGCCCAACAGAACAUCAACAUACGACCAGCAACUCCAGCAGACUGUGAUGAAAUCAUGAGGCUUAUCAUUGAAUUAUUUGAUUAUGAAAAACUAGAAGAUCAAGUGGAGAUGACUGUUGAGGUCUUAAGACGAGAUUGCUUUGGUGAGAAACCACUCUUCUACUGUAUAGUUGCUGAGCCUGCUCAAAAAGAUUCCUCAAAACUUGUCGGCUAUGCACUCUAUUGUUCCAUCUAUUCCACAUUGGUGGGUGCCUCCGUGUACCUAGAAGAUAUAUAUGUAACUCCAGCCUACAGAACUCGAGGUAUAGGAAAACAGAUGAUGAAACAUGUAACAAAAGCAGCUCUUGAUAUGGGAUGUAGUCGCCUGCAGUUAUCUGUGUUGGGCUGGAAUAAAAUGGCGAAAGAUUUUUACUCCCGCUAUGGCUAUGUUGAUGUCACGGAAAAACAAGACUGGCAUGUUAUGAGAAUGCAGCGCAAAGCCAUGGAGGAAUAUGUUAAAAACAUAAAUAUUGAAUAGAUCAUUUGUU